AUGGACAUUCCUGGGAUUGAAACAGUUCCGAAAAAGGUGCCGGAUGGUAUCUUGGAGAAUAUACUCAUCAAUUGUGUACUGUUGAACGACCCACUUGGAAGGAUCGUACGGCUAGACUACCCCGCGCCAAAGUCCAGCUUUCCCUCCUUCCCCGCAAUUAGAGCUAGCAUGCUACUUUACGGCGAACACCGUGACACAAAACUCAUGCCCCCAAAGCGAGCUUGUGAUGCGUGUAUUUUGCGCAAGGUCAAGUGCAAUGGCGCCUGGCCCUGCGGUACCUGCCGCAAUGCUGUCAAGCGAGUCCCUUGUACCUAUCUGAAGCCUGUCCGUAAGCGAGGGCCCAAGACGCGACGGAUGGCCAGGAAGGACCAGGAUCUGGAUCUUAAUCUUGAUUCGUGGCCGAUUAUCCCAGGCUAUAUAGGUGAUCAACAAGGAGCUCAGCAAAAUGACCUGCCCAUCCUUCACGCGGAGUCGACCACAUUCCCUGAAACAGCCUGUACAUCUCGGCGCAUAUCGAAAGCUAUUCUCAGCCCUAUUGUGCAUCUCUAUCAACAGCAUUCCUAUAGUGUUUGGCCAGUUGUCAAUGCAGGUGCGCUGCUAGAAGGUCUUGAUGAUAUUGAGCCCGAAACGAUAGAGCAUGAUACCGCAAAAUUGGCCUGUCUUGCGACAGCACUCUCUGCCGCAACAAUGGCUCAGUUGCAUCUUGCCCCAGUAAAGGACGGCACUGCAACAGUGGACAGCACGGGAAUGGCUCAAGCCUGUUUGUCUAUUCGAAGCCGGUGCAGAAUCUACGAGGAGAAUGUUGAUUUGAGCAGUAUCCUGGUCUCGUUUUUCCUGCAUGUCUACCAUGCGAAGAUGAACCAAUGCUCGUUGGCGAUGAUGUACAUUCAGGAGGCAAUCAGAAGGGCGCAAACUCUGGGCCUUGAUGAAGAAUUGUCGAUCUCAACACUGGCCCUUAACUAUCUCCCCCAGGAUGAUUUCGUCGCAAAUAAGUAUCUUAUUUUUCCAUUGUUAUGGGUUUCAGAGAGAGGAUACGCUCUUCAUCUGGGGCUCUCUCCGUCCUAUAGAGAAACGCCGUCACUCAAAUUCUUCGAGCAGGGCACUCCUGCCGAUAUUCAUGUCCGGGGUCUCGUUGAUCUAGUGAAGUUGUUCAUUGCUUUCGACGAGAUCUCCAGACACCGGAAAUGCACAACUAAAGCUGGCCUCAUCACAAACUUGGUUGAAACGGAGAGCAAAUUAUCUUUGCUCUCUCUAGAAAUAGCAGACACCAUCUCCACUCGGACGGCAGAUUGUCAUAUCACGCGUGAAUGGAUGAGGACAAUCGUCUGGCAGGAGGCUUUAUCUCUUGGCUUGCUAUCUUCGGCAUCAUCCACGGAUGCCAUGACGUUUGGAUUCCCUGCCAAGGUUGGACAUAAUCUCCUUCAAUCCUUAAGAUUAUUUACCGAAGAGGAUUUGCUGCCGCUAGGACGGGAUCAGCUGUUGAAAUGCUUUGAAGUAGCAAAUUCCCUAGCAGAUACCAUUCUACUCUCAUUACCUAGUUAUCAAACUCAUUUUGAGUUAGGGCCUCCUGACUUCCUUCAUGCGUUGUAUCAGAAACUUCUGCCGUUCUUAGCGCAGGAUCCUAUGCUGGAUUCCAUUCUUCGGAGCAAGACAGCAGAAAUUCUCAUCAUGGCUCCAGCUCGCCUGCUGACGGUUCAGGCCAGCGAUAUUGACUUACAGGCAGGGCGACGCGGGCAGGCUGGCGCCACAUCAGUUGCUUCGAGCCUCACUUCUCACAACCUUUUGAGAUGA